AGCAGCAGCAACGAUGUUACCGAUCGCAUCAUCCGUUAACAAAACCAUGGUUGCGAUCGGUAGCGGGUUGGUGGCGGUCGUUGUCACAGGCUUGAUUGGUCGCUACUACCUUUUCCGUCGUCGUCAGCAGCGAACUUCUCCUCCGGCUCUUGGAGACAGAGAUGUUGUCAUUAUUACCGGUUGCGAUUCCGGUUUAGGCUUCAACAUGGCCAAAAUGUGCCUCGAGGAAAAUGCUGCCGUUAUCGGAACGUUCGUCAGCACUAGCUCGGACGGAUAUGACAAGCUUUGCAACGGCACCCACAAAAAGAUGAUACCAGUUAUGCUGGACUUGUGCGACGAGUUAAGCAUCAAUGCGGCAAUCAAAACCAUUCGAGCCAUCCUUAGUGACACCACCAUCCGCCUGUACGCGCUAGUCAAUAACAGCGCGGUAAUGUGCUUCGGCGAGGCGGAAUGGUUACCGGCAACACUCAUCACCGAGCAGCUGCGUGUCAAUCUGGCCGGUCCACUUUUGUUUAUUGGCGGGCUGAUUGACCAGCUCCGCCGGGAUCGCGCCCGACUGGUCAUCAUCACGAGCCACUGCAGUCAACAAGCCCUGCCUGGAUUGAGCGUAUACUCGGCCACUAAAGCCGCCCUGCAUGGCUGGGCAACGGCAAUCCGACUCGAACUGGAACCACACGGCGUUCCCGUGGUUGAGAUUUUGCCCGGUUCCUUCCUCUUCCAUUCCAACAUCUGCGCCCGCCAGCCGAGCUUUUUCGAUGCUAUGUGGGCCGGUAUGGGUGAGGAGCAACGUAGCCGGUACGGGCGCUACUUUCAACGUUAUCGCAACUACCUCGAGCCCAUCUGCCAGUCACGCCCGGCACAGCGAUUUCCAACGGAUGCUCCUCUCAACGGCGUGAUCAAAGGUGCACUAUUCGACCCUGAGCCCAAGCGGAUGUACAAAUCUGAACCGUGGCGUUACUGGCUGUACUAUACCGCGUUCGCCUGGACGCCGUACUUCGUGCGGAGUUGGCUCAUUCGUCGCUUCCUAGCCAUGCCCAUGUAUCAUGAGGACUAG